AGGCCGGGAGGCAGAGGUGCCCGGGAACCUGGGCUUAGCCGGUCCUCCUGGCUCACGUUGAGCUCCGCAGCAGCGCGGGCUCUGCAGUGGCACCACCCGGGCCCCGGGUGCCCGUCCCAGAAGUCAGAAGUGCCGGGUUCGGUGCCCGCACCAGGCAGCAGUGCCACUGUUACCUUCAGGGCUGAGUCUUUUUGGUCGUGCCCUCGCACCUCUCCGCCCUCCUAGGCAAGAUGGUGAGCCCGACAACUUCCGAAGUGCCUCCUACCAUGGGGGUCAAGAUCUCAGCCGGCUUGGCCGCCUGUCUGGCAGAUAUCAUCACCUUCCCGCUGGAUACAGCCAAAGUCCGGCUUCAGAUCCAAGGUGAAGGCCAGAACUCUAGUACCAUUAGGUAUAAAGGUGUCCUGGGGACCAUCACCACCCUGGCAAAAACAGAAGGGUUGCCGAAACUGUACAGCGGUCUGCCUGCUGGCAUUCAGAGGCAAAUCAGCUUUGCCUCACUCAGGAUUGGCCUCUACGAUACUGUCCAAGAGUACUUCUCUUCAGGGAGAGAAACGCCUCCCACUCUGAUAAACAGGAUCUCGGCUGGCUUGAUGACUGGAGGCGUGGCAGUAUUCAUCGGGCAACCUACAGAGGUCGUGAAAGUCAGACUCCAAGCACAGAGCCACCUACACGGGAUCAAACCCCGCUACACUGGGACCUACAAUGCUUACAGAAUUAUAGCUACAACAGAAAGCUUCUCAACACUCUGGAAAGGGACAACCCCUAAUCUGAUCAGGAAUAUCAUCAUCAAUUGUACAGAGCUGGUAACAUAUGACCUCAUGAAGGGGGCCCUUGUGAACAACCAAAUAUUGGCAGAUGACGUUCCCUGCCACUUACUGUCAGCUCUUGUCGCUGGGUUUUGCACCACACUCCUGGCCUCUCCGGCGGAUGUGGUAAAAACAAGAUUCAUCAACUCUCUGCCGGGACAGUACCCAAGUGUGCCCAGCUGUGCAAUGACCAUGUUCACCAACGAAGGACCAACAGCUUUCUUCAAAGGGUUUGUGCCCUCUUUCCUGCGACUCGCAUCCUGGAAUGUCAUCAUGUUCGUGUGCUUUGAACAACUGAAGAAAGAACUGAUGAAGUCAAGGCAGACAGUGGACUGCUCCACAUAACCAGCUUGGAGAAGAUGAUGGAGUUCAGCAGUGGGUCCCUGUACCUGGAGACCGUGAAUAAAAGCGACCAACCAAACCAACCCAACACCUCUGGUCACUCAUUUACCUUAAAAGAUUAUUUCUUGUGGAGAUUUUUGAAACUCCUUCUGAUUUUUUUAAAGGGAAAACUAACACACACAAUUUUUAUUCUCGCUGUCUUAAGGAGGGAAAAGCACACCAUCCAGUACACAUGCUGAUAAAAUACUGCCCACGUAAGGUACUGUGUUUAACUGGUCUUUUGCGGGUGGGAUUGUAUGGUUGGGUAUAAAUAAUUUAAAUUACAUCUCAGACCGGUGGAAAGGAAAACUUUACAUCCAUAAACACUUAAAAAAUGAAGUUAUCAAAGAAAACAUUGCUGUUUCAUUAUUUUUGUUAACCACAGUUCACAGCUAAUAUAAUCAAUAAAGUAUUGCUAAUUCCA